GCCCCUAUUAACUCCACGCCUGGAGCUAACCGUAGGCUACAGUAACGGCUGCCCACUUGCGCCCCCUUUACACCAACUGCAGGAGUAGUUUGUGCUGGUGUUUUCCCUCCAUAAAAAAGUGCAGCUAUAUAAGUUGUGCAUGUCCAUAUAGGCCUUCAGAAUGGAUUCUGAUCUACUGAAGAUCGAGGAGAUCGUGAUGGGAGGUGGAGAGACGGCUGCCACUGCUGAUGUGAAUGCCGAGAAAGCAGGGAAGCCGUACACCGCGAUCCUUCUCCCUGAUCCUCCUCGUCCUCUUCCUCCUCCUGUCAUUCAGUCCUACCAGCAUGAGAGCUUGCAAUGUUUCCAGUGUUUUAUAACCUUCUGCAACUCUAAAGCCAAAGAGAGGCAUAUGAAGAAGAGUCACCGUGAAGAAUACAAACAGCAACUGCAGCAGUGUGACACACUCUUCACCUGUUAUGUGUGCGACCGCACGUUUCCAUCCUCCGAGGAACUAACUCUACACCAGUCCACUCACAACAAGGAAGACAAGCCCUUCAAGUGUGUUCACUGCAAAGAGAGCUUUCGUACAUUCUCGGAGUUGACCACACACCGACGGCAGGUGUGUCCUGAGCGUCACUUUGUAUGUAAAGAAUGCCCCGAGACAUUCCGGAGCCCGGCACUUCUCCGUACACAUCGUCUGGCUCAGCACGCUGCACCCGCAGAUGGAAAUGACACUGACGAUGCAAACAAAACUUACCGUUGUGGUAAGUGUGGCAGGGGUUUUGAAGAUGAGUCCGAGCUGCUGCAGCAUCAAGAAAACCACGCCUCUGACCAGCACUGCAAUGGCAGCGCCCCAAUCAAAAGGCGCGGCCGGCCUCCCAAAGCCGAAACUAGCACAGCGACUGGAGAAAAGAAGCAAAAGCUGAGCAAAAGUGAAGAAACCGAAAUAGCGGAGACGCCUGAGGACGUGCCAACACCAACAGCAGCACCUGAAGCCGAGGCUAAACCCAAAACAGCGGGAAGGCGAGGACGACCACCGAAAUCUGGCGUGCAGGAUUCCAACCCUGACGAAGACAAAUCCGACAACAAGAAACCAAAGGCGGCUUCUCCAGCAGCUCGCCAAAUCCCGUGCACAGAGUGUGAUCUCGUUUUUUCUGCACCAGCUCAGCUCCGAGCACACAAAAAAGAGAAGCACACACAGCGCAAACCACAUCCAUGCCAAGAAUGCGAGGAGAGCUUUAACCGUGCUGAGCAGCUGGAGGCCCACAUGGCUCGCGCACACAAGGCUGGCCGUUACUCCUGCGCAACAUGUGGCAAGAGCUUUGGUCGAGAGAGCAACCUUAAAGCCCACCAACAGAGCCAUGAAAAGGAGGAAGAGAAGUCUGCUGGGGCCAAUAAGAGAUAAGCUGUGCAUAAUAGAGGAACGAGGGUUUGACAGAACAGGGGAGAGGGUUUCAGUUGUUUUAAAGUGGACUUUAGUGAAGGAAGGUGAGAGAAAUGUGUUUUUGUUAAUAUGCUUUGAGUGGGUGACUUUCUGGAGUGUUUUAUGUGGAAACUGGAAACCCAAAAGUCUCAAAUGGCUUCAUUUCAUUUUGAUGUUUUUAUAGAUGUGGCAUAGUAUAUGGUUUGGGCCACGAUUUAAAUGUAUAGCAUAAUCAAACCCAUGUCUACAACAUGGCAGAACUGUAGGGGCAUGAACCUGAUUAUUAAUAAUAAAGAAAAGCCCACUCCUAGUGAAAGGCUUUAAAUUUGGCUUUUAUUUCAAUAUUUUAAUGUAAUUUUUUUAUAACUAUCACGAGUGAGUUGAGUUGUUUUUACAUGAUUUUUUAGAGGUUUGGGGAAAAUGGUAUGCCUAAGUGGAAUUAGUCUUCAUCAAUUAGAGAACUAGCUGAUUAUUUAAUUUCCUGAUGCUACUUUUAAACUUUGUUACCAGCGACUACAGUUUCAGAGCUGAGUGAUAAGAGAUGAUUUUCCAUGUUUUCCCUGAGUUUUUUUUUUUUUUUUUUUUUAGAAAAAACUAAUUUCAUUUGUUUAUAAUCUGAUCUGUGCCUCCUAACCCUGAUGAUGCGACAGGAUGCCAUGUACAGAACCUGUUGCUAUGUAGGAGUGAAUUCAGUCUCUUUCCAGUUUGUUUUGAGAAGAGAUGCCUGGUCUUUUGUUUAUCUGAGCUAACUUUUUAAAGGUGUAUGUACAUGUACUCCAUUAAAAUCAUGCAAACUUCAACCAGCAAAGAUAUUACUUUGAUUACUUAGUGAGAAUUGUUCAUUGUGAACUUUUAUAUGGCCUUUCAUUCUAUCAUAGUAUUGCAGGUAAAUUUUUGAGACUCUUAAAAUGAUGCACAGAAUAAGUUUAAUUGUUUUAAUUUGAAUCAGAAGAGUUAGCUCAGGUCUGUCUGUGUUACCAAGCAAGUUAAACUGUUUCAUAUGACAUCUGUAAAUUAAUGCCUACACAGUGGCCCUGUGUUUUGAUGAUGAUUUAUUUUGGAUGAUUUUUUUUUUUUUUUUUUUAAGUAAUGCACAAACCUUGACCACUGUAUCCAUCUGGAAAAAAAUGUAUUCUGCUGUGUCUGCAGUGUAAUUUCCCCAUGUUGGCUAAAAUUAAAGAAUACCACCUUAAGGAGA